AACGGGGGAUGGUAGGACAGCUAGGACACAGUCUCACCCAGGAGGAAGCAUGGGGGAAAAGGGUCCAUGGUCCAAUAUUUUUCUUUUUCUGAAGACGUUCUGGAAGUAGUUGCAGAGCAGUUAAAUUUAUAUGCCAUUCAGUGUGACACAAACGCGCUCCAUAACCUCACUACUAAAGGACUGACUUCAGCAGGUCUUGAGACAUCAUGGGAUCAUCAUCAUCAUCACCAUCUUCUUCUUGAUGACAGGGAACCAGAGCUUGGGGACCUGAUUCAGAUCUUUCGUGACAACUAUCAGCACUGGGCCGUGUAUGUCGGUGACGGCUUUGUUGUUCACUUUGUAGAGGACUCUGGAGGCUCCAUCAGUACCUCUGUCACAGCUGGAAACGGCUUUGUGCUGAAGCAGAAGUUGUGGAAUGUGGUGGGAAAAGACAAGUGGAAAGUCAACAACAGCCUGGACAAGGAGUAUAAACCCCACCCAGCAAAUGUUAUUGUGAAGAAGGCUAAAGCAGUGACGGACAAACAGCUGGAAUACAACCUUUUAUCAUAUAACUGUGAGCACUUUGUCAACGAGCUGCGCUAUGGUGUGGCUGAAUCCCAGCAGGUGCAAAAAGCAGUCGAAGUCGCAACUGUCGUAGGUGUCGUAGGUGGAGCAGCCUUGUUGGGAAUUCUGGCUUCACGUUCUAAGGAAUCACGGUCUAGACCCAACUCAUACUGAGUUCAUCCAUCUUUUAUGGUGUUUAUAAUUUAAACCCUUUUUCAUCAUGACAGUAAACUUUAAAAGCUUUGUUGUAUAUUUGUUGAUGAUUGUGUUUAUUGUUUAUCUCCUGGUUUUCUUUUUUUGUUGUUAAUAUCUCACAUUAUCCAGAUUUUAAACCUCAUUAAAAUGUCCCACUUUCAGUUGCUGCCUGCUUAAACCCAUAAAUCUCCUCCCAUAUUUUUCAGUCAUUUCUUAACCGCAAAAAUUUGCUCAUGAGUUCAAGUGGAACAAAGCCACUUGAGUGUCCCAUGUAAAUGACAGCAUGGCACUAAACAGAUGGGAGUUCCUGCACUUCAACAACAAUGAAGAGAGACAAGGAGAAAAUGUUGAUCUGCUCCAGAAAAUCUUUGUACCUGUCACUUAUUU